UAUACAUGAUGCGUGAAAAACGCGCAUGAUAAUAGUCUGAUUCUGCUACCACGUCUGUUGUAUGGAGGGGGCGGACGCACAUACACAGAAUAGACAAAAGGAAGAAAUGGCGGCCAACAAAACACUAUUGGAGGAAUCCAGCACAGAAAGUCUUAAACUGAUAUGUGAGUUUGCGACAUUACCUUCAAGAACAGAGCUAUCCGAUUCUUUACCUUUGCAUCUUAGUGACUGCCAUAUUAACGAUCUCCAAAAGGAAUAUGCUCUACAACAUGAUGAAGGGGGUUCGAAUUCAGAGGAAGUCGACAGCAACGACGCCCUUGAAGAAAAAUCCGAAAAUGAGCCUUCAGAGAAGGAACUGUGUAAUAUGGACAGGCCUGAUACUAUACCUUGUACAUUGAAAAGCCAGAUGAUAUCAAGUCCUAAGAUGAAUGCUCGAGCCGCAUUUUGCUAUGAACCAUUUGUGAUGUUGGGACACCAUGUGAUAGAAAACAUCAGAACUCUGUGGGAAAAGAUGUGGAUCCCAACAAGUGAAGAUGCCCUGGCAAGCGGCUAAGUUAUGCAAGAAUUCCAAAUGUGCAGCCCUUGAGUGGGGUUAUUAUUAUUUUUCCAACUGGGGAACCUUUACAGAACUUGAGAUGAGCAUAUAUAUUUCGACAGUUGCUGUUUCAUCCAAGACCUGAAUUUAUGUGUCAUUUUUUAAGUCGACUAAAAUGGUCAAGGAUUUAAUUUGUAUCUGUUUAUGCAGUCUUUGUCUCCUUCACACAAUAAAACGUGCGUCUUUAAUGGCAAAAGCGUUGACCAUCUGUUGCAUUUCGUUUGUCCCAACUUGACUCGUUAAAUGGGAUGAGCUGUUUAACAUAAAAAUUUGCAUGUACAUUAUAUGCACAUUCAUAUUAUAUUCCAAUGUAUCUCAUUUUUAUCACACUUUAAGUUCUUUUUACUUGAAGAUCAAAUUACCCAGUAAGUACCAGUUGAUUUUUCAACUUGUCUUCAAAUGUUACGUAAUAAUGCGCCAGCUUACAUUUUCGUCUACUAAGAUUACUUAGUGGAGAAGCCGUAAACACUAGCAAACCAAUGUACUGAGCAUGCUCAGUGUGCAAAGCUUAUCAAAAUGGAGGACAAGAUUUCUGGCCAAAUUAUUUUAUAAUUUCAAGAUAUUUCCUGCAAUUGAAGAUAUUGACGCUUGCAAGAUAUCCAAAGUGUUAGAUGCAGGAUCACAAGGGAAGGGGUACUCACUGACACUCACAAUCUUGAUGAGUUACAUUCUGCAUUACCCUUGCAACAACCAGCUGUAGUUCUUUUAUAGCGGAGGAAGAAUAAGGCAAGGAUACCAAGAUGUCUUCAGACCUGACCUCAAUCAGCAGAUUCCGGUGGAUGAUCGUUUUGCUUGCUGAUGAAUUUGAGAAAACUGACUUGGACAGGGCUAAAAGUCUUGUCAAGGAUAGGCUGGGGCCUGCAUACCAGAAGAUAGAUGAGCCUCUUGCAUUCUUUGAUGAGCUGGAGAACCAGAACCUCAUAAACGAUGGAGACACCAACUACCUGAAGACGUUGCUGGAGCACGUCUCCCGCAAUGAUCUGAUUGAGCAGGUGGAAAACUAUGAGAGGGAGCGCAAGGUGGUGGUUCGCCAAGUCUUCCGAAAUCCUUCACUCUUGGAAGGGCCCUUCUUUGGGCGGAAGGAGAUCAUGGAUAGGAUUGUAGGCAUACUAGACGAGACUUACGAUCGUAUUCACUGUAUAGGUAUCAGUGGAAUGCCUGGUUCAGGGAAGACCCGACUGGCGAAAGAGUCCACCUAUAGGCUCAUCCGUUAUGGACAGGUCAUUUUCGUGGAUCUGAGAGAGCUCCCUAUGGUAGAGGAUAUCUUCUUUGCUAUUAUGCAUGCCCUAGGUGUGGAGUGCCGCAGCUAUGAACCUGAUAUGCUCUAUGCUUACCUUGAGCACUACGACCCAAAGAAGCACUCUGGGGCUGUUAUUAUCCUGGAUAAUGCUGACAAGCCCUUGGACCCUGGGACUGCAGAGAAACCCAAUCAGGCUUAUAGCCAGUUUGUGGACUUGAUAGACAACAUGCUCAACCUGGCCAAUCCUAAGGUCAAAGUGGUCGUCACCUCAAGGAUUGGUCUAGAGCAUACAAGGAUUACCAGCCGUCACCUCCAUUGUUUCCGCCUGGAUGGGGAGAAUGACCUGGACAUUGAAGCUGCUAUGGAGAUCAUCAAAUACCAUGCUGGCAAGACGGAAGUUGAAAACGAAGAUGCCCGUACAUUGGCUGAUCUAUGUGGAAAGAUCCCUUUGGCUUUGAAGGUUGUGGCCAGUCGCUUCCAGGAUGGCACCGUCACUCCCAGAGACAUGAUCAAGCAUUUGUCACGCCAUGAUGAUGUUCAAGCCCAGAGGCUUGUUGGAAGCCUUACACACCUUGGUCUGGCUAAAGAUGAUCAGCUGGCCUACAGCCUAAUGAACACUAUCCAGAAGCUGCCAGAGGCAUACCAGCGCAACCUUGUGAGGUUGUCAGUGAUACCUGGGACAUUUAACAUGAAGGCAGCGCAGGAUAUCCUGGAAUAUCCCCACAAGGAUCGGGUGGGUCUCAAGCUGGAUCUACAGGCCUUGAAGUACAGGAGCCUCCUAGAAAGUGAUGUGGUAGAGGUAGAAGGAAAGAGCAACACAGGAUCUGCAAGAUACAGUAUUCAUCUGCUUCUUAGAUCCUUUCUCCAGCAGCUAUGCACAAAAACGGAUAAUCCAUUGGCGGUAGAGUAUGAAAAGGGUGAGGAUCGAUUCAUGAGUCACUUUGGUAAGAAAAUAAAGCGUACAGCAACAAUUUUCCAGAAGGAUUUUGUGAAGGCACUGUCUGCAAAGCAAGACGAGAAGGCCAACUUCAUGCAUGUGCUUGAGUGCUUCAAGUUGAAGAAGUUCCCAUCAGAUGAGGAAAAUGACUGGCUCCACAUGGCUGUGGAGCUGAUGAUGGUUCCCAAAGAGAGGCUUUCCUUCUAUAGAAGCUGCAAGGACAGGGCAGAGAGAGAAGGAAAGAAACAGAUGUGUGCAGAGUUCUGCUGCCAUGAGUCCCAGCACCUUGUGGAUCUUGGAUUUGAUGUUGAAGCCAUCAUGCCUCUCUUCGACAAAGCUGAAAGUAUCCUGAAGGAACUGCCAGACCAGAAAUCUUACUCUGUCCAGCUCAGUUAUGCCACACUGUACCACUUCAGAGGCAACGUAAUAACUCGCCGUCUCAAUGGAAAAGAUGCACUUGAGCAGCUGAAGAAAUGCCUGCAGAUACGCAAGGAGAUUCUUGGGGAUCACUUCCUAACGACCCGGACCCUGAACCUCCUUGGUCAGGCCAUGCAGUCUGCUGCCAAGACAGAACGGUUCGGGUACAUCCAUGAGGACAUGCUGAAAGCCAUUGACUACUUCCGCAGAGCUCUGGACAUGUGCACUCGUAUCACUGGAUCUGAUAGACACGUUGAUACUCCAACCAUCCAGCUGAAUAUUGGAGCAUGCUUGCAUGAGCUGUCGAGGUAUGGGCAGGCAUUAGAAUUCUUCAAGAAAUCCCUGGAGUUGGAACGUCUUCUUGGAAUGGAUGGAACGCCAGGGACUUGCAUUACGCUCAAGAAUAUGGCAAUGAGCUACUUUGCUCAAGAAAAGUACGACAAUGCUCUUCCACUCGCGUUACGCGCCCUCGAAGGCCGUCAAGCGCUUCAAGGAGUGCACCCCAACACGGCCCGCAGUCUCUACUUUGUCGGUGCCAUCCACCUGGCAUCCAAGAGGUACCGGGAUGCCCGGCGCUACUUUGACAGGGCUCUGGAGAUGGAGGAGACGCUCUGGAGCCGGGGGAUGCCUCAUAGUCCAGACUGGGAACACCUCAAGGAUCGCUUCAAUCGUCUUCUUGUCAUCCAGGGUAACAACCAGGCCAUCCAAAGAUACCGCAAGAGGUUCAAGGAAGCAGAAAAGGAUCGAAAUCGAGGCGAGGUUAGUGGCUGGAUCGACAGAGGAGAGGAUGAUUCAAUAUCUACAUCAUCAUCAGGAUCUAUAGUUCUUCCUGCAAAGAGAGCAAGGUCGUCCUCUGAUAGCGGUACAACAACUUCUUCAGAACACAUUGAUGAGAAGAACAAAGGUGGGAGGAAAGCAGAAAAGGAAAAUGUAAUCCUGCCUGGUGGAGAUGAAGCUGAUAAUACAAGGGAGCCUCAAGAAGGGUGUAUUAUAGAUACAAAUGAUGGUAACCUGGAUUUGGGUGAGGGGGCUAUUCAAAUUGAGACGUUCUCUUUGUCCUCUGGUGAUACCGGGUACUCGGGGGCUCCGCCUAUUCCCAUCAGAUUUGGCCAAUCAGAGGACAGGACCGAUGAUGGAUCCGGUUAUGACCAUGAUUCUGAAGAGGAGGAGAGGAAGCGGCAGGCCAAAAGGAAGAGGAAGGAGAAGAAAAAGAGGGAGAAAGAAGGAAGGGAUUAUUCUGAUGGUGGAUCGCAAGAAGAAGGUGAACAAGACACAUACAACUGGGAUAAAAGCCUGUGCAGGGUCAUGUGAUGCACCAUGUGACUACAGAGAGUGUCAGGUGACUGAUCAGCCACUAUAAAGUUAAUCAAGUCUUCAAGUUUGUCUAGUGAGGGAUUAAUCAUGUCUAUCUUCCAGAAAUAAAGAUGUACUUUUACUUGCUUAAAGGGGGAGUUCACCUUGGUAUCAAAAUGAGUUGAAUGAAAACAGAAAAAUGAAAGAAUCAUGCUUUUGUGGGUUUGUUAGAAAUCCAUAAAAUAAUAACUUAUUUAUGGGUAGGGCAGCUUUUAUUGUUGACCUCAUAUACAGCAAUCAACUGCUGCAUAUGUCAUGUAAUAUAAGGUUCCAUAUAUUCCCAUAUCCACUGGUUCAUGAUCCUGAGGAUACUUUUUUUUCUCAGAGAAGGGUUCAUGUAAAUAAUGUAUGUCUGAUGUAUUGAAUGCACCGAUAGAAAAAAACAUAACAUUUUAUUAAAGGGAAGCAUCAUGGUGUAGCUAUUCUAACUCUCGCCUUGUAAUCAGAGGGUCGUGUGUUUGAAUCCCACCAUGGGCUAGCGUCCUAUUAUCAUUACUAGGUCAUAGUUCUUUAAUACGAGUAAACAAUGAGCGUAGUCAUGUGACAUCAUCCAAGCUUAUAUGUCAAGCAAUUCCGAGAAUAAGCCCGCCAUUGCUUGACACCAUUUCUGCAUAGAGGUUACAAAACUAAAUACUGAAAUACAAAACAAAUGAACUCCUGCACCAAAAACUUGCCAACUACAAUUGUCUGGAAUGAUAUACAGAAUAUUCUUACAAUGUGACAAUGUACGUAGCAUAACAUCACAAUCGUAACAAUUCAUUUAUAUAGCAACAACAUAAGAGAGGCAUAAAUAGUAAGUACAUGUGAAGGAAAUAAGGAAACAUAUAAUUAACAAUACAAUUACAAUGAUUUAAAAAGCAGAUGACGUGAAAGUAUUGAGACGUGUAUUAUUACAAUUAGCCAAAAUCUACAAAAUUAAGGAAGUAAGCUGAAGUUGUGAGUCGAACAAAAAUAUCAAAAUAGAGGGCCGAAUGUUAGAUUAUAUGAGAGAUUGAGGUACAGCUUGAAUAGAAGAAUGCUGAUGGGUCAUGACUAGCUAAUGCUGAAUGCUUCUUCAAAUGAAAUUUUAAAGGUCAAGUCCACCUCAGAAAAAUGUUGAUUUGAAUCAAUAGAGAAAAAUCAGACAA